UUCGCUUCUCACCCUUAACAGUCCAUCUACGUUUUACUCCUCAGGAAGAAGCAUGGCCGACUUCGUUUCUACUUAAUCUAUAAGAUUUAGUGGUUGUGUGUACAUAAAAAUGAUAAAUUUCCCAUGAAACUGACCGUGAAAUGAUAGAGGAUAAAGAGUUGUGGUAUAUUUGAUGAUAAUUAUACCCAGAGGGGGGAAGAUAAUGACUAACAAAGUGAACUGCAAAGUCGAAUUGAAUGUGGAUAAAGUGAUCGAACAGCUGCUUUCUGUAAGGACAACACCCAGAAAACAGGUCCAAUUACCAGAAUAUCAAAUCCGUCAACUGUGUCACGUUUCUAGAGAAAUCUUUCUACAACAGCCCAUGUUAGUCGAACUUGAAGCACCUGUCAACAUUGUUGGUGACAUUCACGGACAGUAUUCUGAUCUCCUAAGACAUUUCGAUAAAACGGGUUAUCCGCCUGAUGCCAAUUAUCUCUUCUUGGGUGAUUACGUCGACAGGGGAAAGCAGUCUCUGGAAACGAUAUGUUUAGUUCUGGCGUAUAAAAUUAAAUAUCCGAAUAAUUUUUUCUUAUUAAGAGGGAACCAUGAAUGUGCCAGUAUAAAUAGAUGGUUAAUUAAAAUAACUUCUCUUGUCUUUUAUCUUUUCAUCAUUUCAUUGCUCUUUGGUUUCUCUUCAUCUCAGGGUGGAGUCAUGAACUCUUGCCAAAAUUAUCCUCUAGAUUUAAUAGAAGGCACAAUAUUUUGUAUGCAUGGAGGUUUAUCACCAGAUCUGAUAGAUUUAGGCCAAUUACGUUCGAUACCCCGUCCUAUUGAUGUUCCAGACCAUGGUUUAAUCUGUGAUCUUCUUUGGUCAGAUCCUGAUGAGGAUAUUACUGGCUGGGGAGAAAAUGACCGUGGUGUUUCGUAUACAUUUGGCGGUGAUGUAGUGAGGAGUUUUUUAGAGAAACACGAUUGCAGUUUAAUUGUUCGAGCUCACCAGGUUGUUGAGGAUGGUUACCAAUUUUUCCAGAAGAGACAGCUUGUUACUUUAUUCAGUGCUCCAAAUUACUGUGGCGAAUUUGACAACGCAGGAGCAAUUAUGAUUGUUUCAGAAGAUUUAACAUGUUGGUUCAGUAUCCUGCCCCCUGACAAAACAAAACUUGUAAUGAGAACAACUAAUAGAAAAGACUGAAUUAUUUUUAAAAGUUGGAAUUCAUAUCUUCUUUAAUUUAUGGUCAAGUAAAAUAAAGAUUUGUACAGUUUUUGCUUCCCAGACAACUUCAGAAUAGAAAAAAAACAGACGUAUGUGCAAUUUGCAUGUACGAUGAAAUCAAAACUAUUUCCAUUCUUUAUGGGAAAAGUAUAUUGUAUACUGUAUAUACAUAAAAAAAAAACUUCUAUUCAGUGACAGAUUUUGAAUAAAUUUGUGCACAUUAGAUAUUUAUAAGUUUAUAAUAAAAAGAUGAGAAAGUACUUGCUAUAUAAUGAAAUUAAAUAUAUAUAUAAGUUUUGCAAAUGUAAUAAAAUGUUUGUCAUUCUUUGUUACUUCUGUGAAUUGCAUCAUCUGUUGUAAAUGUCAAUAUUGGUUUCUGUUGAAGUUAUACGUGAAUUUCUAUCAAACAAUAAUCCAUUGGCAUUUGUAUAUUAUAUAUAUAUAUAAAUACAUACAUAUAUAUAAUUUAUAUGUAUAUAUAUGUUGUAGAAAAUAUAAGUAAAAUUUAGUUUGUGUUAUAAAUUUUUAUUAUUAUAAUUAAACAAUACAAAAAUAAUCAGCCUGUAAAGGAAUUUUAACAUUUAUAAGUGCUUUUUGGAACAUCUUCAAAACCUCAUUUAAAUUAAUUUUAUAAAUUAAGAUUAGAGUGUUCACAUUUUAAUUUAGAGGAUGCUUCUAAAGACAGAGCAAUAGAUGUUUUUAAAUGCCAAAAUUCUAGUAACCAGUUGAUUAUUUAUUAAAUAUAAUAUAAUAUAAAACUGUUUGAAGAACAAAGUAAUUAUAUAUUAUUUUACUGAUGUUGUGAGGAAAGUACUGUAUUAAUGAAAGUUUUAAAUUUGUCUUGUAAUCUUAUUAUGAUCACAUUUAAGAUAUUUUAAUAGUGUAACUUUAAAAGAAAAGAUAUAUGAAUACUGUAAUUGUUAUUAAAUUUACAGUAGUUAUCUCUUCUUUUAACUGUCUUCUUAUAAUCCAAUUCAUACUGUAUUUCUUGGGGGGAAAGAAAAUUCAAGUGAUUUUGAGCUCAAUGUCCAUUAUCUGGGAGCGACGAAAGACAACACCAGCAGUGAUCUGUCAUCUGCUGACCUUAUUUCUCUUAUUGAUAUCCGAUGAUAGGCAUGUAGCAUGAAAGCACUCGACUGUCCUAAUAUAUUUUCACUCCAAAAGAGCAGUUUAAAUUGGAUUUAUAUAUGAGGAGCUAACUUAACAGGUGUGUUAUCAAUAUAAUCAAUGUAACCAAUGUAAAUACCUUCUCAACUCAUCUUGGAAAAGAUAGUUUCAGAAUUAAUAGCAAGAUUCUAGCAUGUCUUUAAAACUGUUUUAUUAUAUGAUUAAUAAUUUAAAAUUUUUACAUAUUCCUAAAUUCAAGAAAUUUAUUAUUUUUUUUAGUGAAUUUAUCUGUUGAAUUUUAAAUAAGAUUUUUUAAACUUAUUUCUUAGUACAACUUACAAAAAAAAAAGUUUUUACCCAUAGAAUCAUGGUUUUCACAUUUAAUCUUCAUAAAAUCUUCUAUGAAUUUACUGUAUAGUAAUUAAAAAAUAUUAAGUUAUAAAAAUCUAGCAUAGCUUUUUGUAGAUCAAUGCCAAUGGAUUAAAAUAUUUUUAAUUGUAAAUAUUAUAUUAUUAUUGAAAUAAGAUAAAUAUUAUUAUUUAUUUUAAUUAAAAUAAUUUUACAGAAUGAUACAUUAAAAUGUGCCUAGAUAAAAUCAAAUGUUGAAAGAUAUGAAAAACAGUCAAUGAAAAUAAAUAUUUUUUACAAAUAUUUGAUUAUAAUAAACAUGAACAAAAUCAGUUUUAAAUUUUCAUUAAUUUUUUAAAAUAUUUAUUUGCACAAUCUUAACUUGAUGUACAGAAAUCUAUGUAUUGUAUCAAGACUAACCUGCUAUUUGGGAAGAAUUAAAAAAGAAAAGAAAGAUAUAAAUGCAGCUCUGAAUGAGGUGGUUGAGAGUUUAUCAGAGCUGGAGACCAUACCUGUAGGAUUAAAAAAAAAGUCAAAAGACCCAAUGGUCUACAAAUGCCUUUCAUGAGAUAGGCCAAUUUUGGGGGGCUACAUCUGGAAUUUUGAAGACCCCAAAAAUGGGGUAAAAUUUAAAAGUGAAAAAAUCCAGAACUAUUUCUCAAAAUAACACUAAAAAUGAACUGUUUUCUACUUUAUUAGAUACUUUUAAAAGCUCAUAAAACACAAGAAAAGCCAUUGCACCAACUACAACUGGGAUACAAGUGGAGUCAUUAAGCCUCUCUGUUAAGCCUAUUGUGUGUUUAAACAAGCAGCUACCACAAAACAAUAUCUCACCAAGGGUCACAAUUAGAAGUAUGGUUCCUUUGACUUUUUUGGUUGUCUACGGGAUCAGAAACCACUCAUUCAGAUCUGUAGUUUUACCAAACAGAAUGCCUACAACCUACAUUGUAAAAAUUAGUAAACUAUGUUAUGAAAACAAUACAUUUUUUAAAAUUCCACACUUUUAAAAAUCAUGCACUGGA